GAUUGUUAAGAAAUACACAAACGCUAUGGUCGUUGAAAUGGGGAUGAAGUAUUUGAUCCUAACAAUAACUAUGAUUAUUGCAGCGCAUUACUGCACUUCCCUAGCUGUGGACGUUGGAGAUACGCUUGCAUUGGGCGACUCCCUCACUGGAAAUCAGACCAUAAUGUCAAAGAAUGGCACGUUUGCAUUGGGAUUUUUCAAUCCCAGAGGAACGAAAAAUUGGUACAUUGGCAUCUGGUAUGCACAGAUCCCUGACAAGACCGUAGUUUGGGUGGCUAACAGAGACAAUCCUAUCAAAAGCAUGCCCGGCAUUUUGGAAUUUUCGAGCAACGGUUAUCUCAGAGUGAUUGAUGGAAAGGGCGUGUCCGUUUGGUCAACUGAUAUUGGCCUGAGAGGAUCGAGGGCAGUGAUAAUGGAUAGUGGUAAUUUCAUUAUUCUGGAUACCCACAACGAGUCUGAGAUUGUUUGGGAGAGUUUCGCGCAUGUGGGCGAUACAUGGUUGCCUGGCAUGAAGAUGUGGAAAGGCAUGUGGGGAACUUCGUGGAAGAGUUCUGUGGAUCCUGCAACUGGGCUUUUCUCUGUAGGAAUGGACAUGUCUCCAGGAAAGACGCAGAUGUUGAUGGUCUAUAACAACAGUUUUCCAUAUUGGUCCACUGGAGAGUGGAAGGGGAAUUAUUAUGCCAAAGUUCCGGAGGUUUAUGCUCCUAGGAGAUUCCAAAUGUCCUGUGGCAUCGAUUCUCCUUCAAGAAUAUACUACAUGUUUAAAGUAAUGGAGGCAGAUCAUGCCGUCUCCGGGCGGAUCCAUAUAACCGAGAAGGGUCUGUUAAAAGUUUACUACUUGAUGGAUGAUAGUACUUGGAGUGAGGGAUGGUCGACAUUCCAUGGUCAAUGCACUGACUAUGAUAUCUGCGGGGCCAAUGGACUCUGCAAUGCUGAUGAUGGAGCUUGUAAUUGUGUUCAGGGUUUCACACCCAACAAACCUGAAACUCAAGGUUGGUGGCAAACUGGGUGUGCUCGGCAAAGAUCCCUGCAAUGCUCUGCCACAGAGGGCACGACCGACAGCUUCAUGGAAGUCAAGACCCAAUACUCGUCUGAAAAAGAAGCAGUCAUAUACAAGAACGAGCCAACACAGCAAGGCUGCAGGAUUGCUUGUCUCAACAAUUGCUCCUGCACAGCUUUUGCUUUUGUUAUUUCCUAUCCACCGGUCUGUAGACUAUGGUUUGGGAAUUUAUUCAAAAUGCGAGUUUCAUCUGAUCAGAACCAAUCUGUCUUCAUUAGGCUGGCCGACUCUGGGUUAGGGCACUCGACAUCAGAGGGAAGCAGGAAACACCCUCAUAUUGGCAUCAUACUUCCUGUGGCAGGCGCUGCUAUAGCUGCUGUUUUAGCUUUGCUGUUGGUUGGGUUUCUUCUGUGGAAACGUCGAAGACAGACCAAGAAAAGCAUGGAAGAGGAUGUGCCAACUUCACUCAGAAUAUUCACUUACAAAGAGUUGCGAAUUGCAACCCAGAAUUUCAAGCACAAGCUCGGGAGCGGAGCAUUCGGUUCUGUGUUCAAAGGAACUCUGCCAGACAACACGCUUGUGGCGGUCAAGAGGUUAGAGGGUUCUACACAAGCAGAAAAACAAUUCCGUGCUGAAAUAAGCACCAUCGGAAGAAUACAGCAUGUGAAUUUGGUGAGGCUUUGGGGUUUCUGCGUACAAGGCUCUCAAAGGCUUCUGGUGUAUGCCUAUAUGCCCAACGGCUCUCUAAACUCCUGCCUCUUCUGUAAAGAUGAAGUAGAGAAGGUGUUGGAUUGGAAGACUCGGUUUGAGAUCGCUCUGGGCAUUGCUCGAGGAUUACUUUAUCUUCAUGAGGAAUGCAGGGAUCGCAUCAUCCACUGUGAUAUUAAGCCUGAAAACAUUCUGUUGGAUGGUGACUUUAGCCCGAAGGUGGCCGAUUUUGGGCUGGCAAAACUGGUGGGCAGAGAUUUCAGCCGCGUACUGACGACCGCAAGAGGAACUCGAGGGUAUCUGGCUCCCGAGUGGUUAUCCGGCCUUCCUAUCACUCCCAAAGCAGAUGUAUUCAGUUUUGGCAUGACGUUGUUUGAAAUUAUAUCCGGCCGAAGAAAUUUUGACUUGACAGUGGAGGAGAGCAGAAUCUACUUUCCUACUUGGAUGUCGUCUGAAAUUCAGAGAGGAAACAUAAUUGGCAUUGUGGAUGCAAGGAUAGCGAAUGUGGCGGAUAUGGAGGAGGUAAGAAGAGUCGCUAUGCUGGGGAUGUUGUGCGUUCAAGACGAUGAAAAUAUGAGGCCAAGCAUGGGGAAAGUGGUCAAUAUAUUGAAAGGGACGAUGGAGGCUGCCGUGACUCAAAUUCCGAGGUUUAUGCAGGUCUUAGUAGAUCAGGUAGACGAUGAAGACAGCAACAGCUUCCAGAUCACCUCAACCAGCAAAACAACAUAGCGGUGAGAUGAUUUUAAUUAAAAGGAACGUUCAUAAUAGAUAGAACUAGGAUGUAUAACUGAGUGGCAGUGGUGAGUAUUUAUUAGUGUAGUAUUGUAAUAAAUAUUUAUGGGAUAACUAAUAGUCGAGCCAUGGUGAAGAUUAUAGUUAUUAGG